AUGAGGUGUCUGACUUUACUAUGUACAUUGCUCCAAGAAGCACCUGAACAUGAUCAGAGAAAGACCUGCUGUCGUGGAUGUCUCAUGCUCAUCCAUGUUCCAGGUUACCAGUGCACUAGUCGUUAUCUUCGACCUCGUGCACCAGUCGUGGACCAGUGCACUCUCCGCGGAUCCGAGGACUAUUCGCGGAUCCUGGAGCAGGGGCGGCAGGCACGAGCUCAGGUGCGGGCGCCGCACUUGCGAGCCUCCGAGUGGCUACCCAAAGAGGGAUCCAGCGCUGAGUGUGCCAUUUGCCUGGCCAACUUGGAGGUUGGUGCUCUUGUCUCCUCUUUGCCUUGCAGUCAUCUUUUCCACUUUGAGUGCAUUGCCCGCUGGAUGCUGCAGGGCGCAAGCAUGCGCUGUUCAGGUAGCUGUCCUCUUUGCCGGCAGCAAGUGGAGGAGAGCUCUGCGUGA